CGGGGCACGAGGGAUCCCGCAGGGGGUUCCCCAGGGAGCCCCAAUGGAGGCACCGGAGCUCCGGGAGCCGGACGGGCUCUUCCCGGAUCCCCCCUCGCUCCCGGUGCAGGUACUCAGCUUCCAGCCCUUGACGCUCCCCGAGGAUGAUGGCAGCGGAGCCGAGGAGCUGCUGAGGCUGACGGUGAACCCCGACAUCGCCUGCGGUCUCGGCACCAGCCCGGAGCCCCCCCCGGUGCUGCUGGAGGUGGUCUGUGACCUCAGCGCACCCCUGUACCCCUCGCUGUUCCCCGGUAUCCAGCUGUCCCCUCACCCCGACCCCCAGCCCACGCUCCGGCUGACGGAGGAGGAGAAGCGGCUGUUGGCGCAGGAGGGGGUGACCCUGCCUGGGGACCUGCCCCUCACCCAGGCCGAGGAGCGGCUCCUGAAGAAGGUGCGGAGAAAGAUCCGGAACAAGCAGUCAGCGCAGGACAGCCGGCGGAGGAAGAAGGAAUACCUGGACGAGCUGGAGAGCAGGGCAGCCGCGUGCUCGGCGCUGAACCAGGAGCUGCGGAAAAAGAUCCAGGAGCUGGAGAAUAGUAACGGGUCUCUCCUGCGGCAGCUCCAGGCACUCAUCAAGGAAACAUCCACCAAGCCCGCACAGACCGGCACCUGUGUCCUGAUCCUGCUCCUGUCGCUGGGGCUGAUCCUGCUCCCCAGCUCCAGCCCGUUCCACCGGGGCGGCAGCAGGGACAGCCUCGGGCCCACCGGAGUGACCUCCAGGAACAUCCUGACCCUGUCGCGGCGGGACCUGGGAACGGCCGGAGAAUCCCCGUUCCCACCCUGGAUGUUGGGGACAGAGCCGGGAUCCGGUGUGGAGGAUGGAGCCGGGGGGGAGCCUGGGGAUGGGAUUCCCGCCCCCCAGAAGGAUCCAGGCACCAGUUCCUCCAGGCAGGACAUGACACAUGGACACGGGGAUGAGAUGUGACCGGGAGACCUCAGGAUGGGGGAACACUCCAGAAUAAACCCACACUCUGUUUGCA